UUGUGAACCCGUCAUGCUUUUAUUUUCCCGCAGCUUUCCCGCAGAGCUCCUCCGUGAGUACACACCGGCCGGAGCGCAGCAUCCACCCGCAGCAUCCAUCCGGCCUCUGUCCCGCAUCCAGGGCGGCGGGAAAACACUCGGCGCGUUUCUUCUGUCCAUCCUGACUGAGGAGUGUCUGUCAUCAUGGGGGAACUGUUCCGAAGUGAGGAGAUGACUCUGGCCCAGCUCUUCCUGCAGUCAGAGGCCGCUUACUGCUGCGUCAGUGAACUGGGAGAACUGGGGAUGGUCCAGUUCAGAGACUUGAAUCCUGACGUAAACGUGUUCCAGCGCAAGUUUGUGAAUGAAGUGAGAAGAUGUGAGGAGAUGGACAGGAAACUACGGUUUGUUGAGAAGGAGAUCAAGAAGGCGAGCAUCCCGAUGGUCGACACUGGAGAAAAUCCAGAAGUACCUUUUCCCAGGGAUAUGAUUGACCUGGAGGCCACGUUUGAGAAACUGGAGAACGAGCUUAAAGAGAUCAACACCAACCAAGAAGCCCUGAAGAAGAACUUCCUGGAGCUGACGGAGCUCAAACACAUCCUGCAUCGAACUCAGCAGUUCUUUGAUGAGAUGGAGGAUCCCAACCUGCUGGAGGAGUCCUCAGCUCUGAUGGAGGGCAGUGAAGGGGGCCGAGGCGCCCCCCUCAGACUCGGGUUUGUGGCUGGAGUGAUCAGCAGGGAGAGGAUCCCCACCUUUGAGAGGAUGCUGUGGAGGGUGUGCCGUGGAAACGUCUUCCUAAGGAAGGCUGAGAUUGAAGACCCUCUGGAGGAUCCCACCACGGGGGACCAAGUCCACAAAUCCGUCUUCAUCAUCUUCUUCCAGGGUGACCAGCUGAAAAACAGGGUGAAGAAGAUCUGUGAGGGGUUCCGCGCAUCUCUUUACCCGUGUCCAGAGACACCUCAGGAGAGGAAGGAGAUGCUGGCUGGAGUCAACAGCCGCAUCGAUGACCUUCAAAUGGUGCUCAACCAAACAGAGGACCACCGACAGCGGGUGCUGCAGGCUGCCUCCAAGACCAUGAGGGUGUGGUUCAUCAAAGUGAGGAAGAUGAAGGCCAUCUACCACACCCUCAACCUCUGCAACAUCGACGUCACUCAGAAGUGUCUGAUUGCUGAGGUGUGGUGUCCGGUCUCAGACCUGGAUUCGAUCCAGUUUGCUCUGCGGCGCGGAACGGAGAGAAGUGGAUCGACGGUGCCGUCCAUCCUGAACAGGAUGCAGACCAAGCAGACUCCGCCUACCUUCAACAAAACCAACAAGUUUACUUCAGGGUUCCAGAACAUCGUUGACGCCUACGGCAUCGGAAACUACCGAGAAAUCAACCCAGCUCCAUACACCAUCAUCACCUUCCCCUUCCUGUUCGCCGUGAUGUUUGGCGACAUGGGUCACGGCCUGCUGAUGACGUGCGCCGCCCUGUACCUGGUCCUCCGGGAGAGCCGCAUCCUGAGUCAGAAGAGCGACAACGAGAUGUUCAACAUGGUCUUCGCUGGUCGCUACAUCAUCCUCCUGAUGGGCAUCUUCUCUGUCUACACUGGGGUCAUUUACAACGACUGCUUCUCUAAGUCCCUGAACAUGUUUGGCUCUGGAUGGAGUGUCCGGCCCAUGUUCCUCAACAAAGAAGCUAACUGGACAUUUACCUUGCUGAGGGAAAAUUCGGUUCUGCAGCUGGAUCCUGCUGUUCCUGGAGUGUUUAAUGGGCCGUACCCUCUGGGAAUAGACCCGAUCUGGAACAUCGCCACCAACAAGUUAACCUUCCUGAACUCCUUCAAGAUGAAGAUGUCAGUGAUCCUUGGGGUCAUCCACAUGCUGUUUGGAGUGUCUCUCAGCCUGUUCAACCACCUGUACUUCAAGAAACCUCUGAACAUCUUCCUGGGCUUCAUCCCAGAGAUUGUCUUCAUGUCCAGCCUGUUUGGCUACUUGGUCCUGCUGGUCUUCUACAAAUGGACGGCCUAUGAUGCUUUCACCUCCAAGGAUGCUCCCAGCCUGCUCAUCCAUUUCAUCAACAUGUGCCUCUUCAACUACGGCGACCCCACCAACAAACCCCUCUACAGAGGACAGAUGGGGAUCCAGGUUUUGUUGGUGCUGAUUGCCCUUGCAUGUGUUCCCUGUAUGCUGAUUGUGAAAACUAUGGUGCUGCGGCGACAGCACCUGUGGAAAAAGCAUCUGUCACAGAAGAGGGAAGAAACUCCUGCAGAGAAUCUAGAGCAGUCUUUAGAGCAAACAGGCGUGUCCUCAUCAUGCACCGGACUCACCCAACAGGGCACGCAGAAGUUUGGAGGGGUGCGAGUGGGCAACGGGCCCACGGAGGAUGAGGCUGGCAUCAUGGACCACGACCAGCUGUCCCAGCACUCAGAGGAGGGGGACGAGCACUCAGAGGAGGAGCCGUUUGAUUUUGGAGAUGUUGCAGUCCACCAGGCUAUCCACACCAUCGAGUACUGUCUGGGCUGCAUCUCCAACACGGCCUCCUACCUGCGCCUGUGGGCCCUCAGCCUGGCCCAUGCACAGCUGUCAGAGGUGCUGUGGUCCAUGGUGAUGCACCUGGGUCUGUCCUCCCGGAGCGGGGGCGGCUUUUUCGGUUUGUCAAUCAUCUUUGCAGCCUUUGCCACGCUCACCGUUGCCAUUCUGCUGGUCAUGGAGGGACUGUCUGCUUUCCUGCACGCCCUGCGUUUGCACUGGGUGGAAUUCCAGAACAAGUUCUACACGGGUCAGGGCUUCAAGUUUGUGCCCUUCUCCUUCGAGAGCAUCCUGGAUGGCCGGUUUGACGAAUGAUUACGCCCUACUAAAGAGUCUCCAGCCUUCCCUCUGUUCCUCUGUGGAGAUGUUAGUGUGCAUGAGCCCUGGUGCACCUCUGUGUCGCCCUCUAGUGGCUGUUUUAAAAGGUUCUGCAUGAGCUGAUUUUCUUUGGGCCAGCUCACCACUGCUGCUGUAUUUUUUUCCUUAAGUGAUGUGAGAUUUUUCUCUGCAUUUCCUGAAACAUGAACAUAUGUGACUUCCACUAUAAGACAUGCCAUUUAAUUGACAAGAAUUUGUCCUAAAGAGCAAAUCAUCUCUCAGUUUACUUCCUGGGUGUUUGCUCAUCUGAACAACACCAGAGAAGGUUUGAGUGGAUAAACUGCAACAAGGACUCAAAAAUAAAUCUUCACAUUUCCACUGGAGGUUGAUAUGUGUAUUAGUCUCAAAGAAGAGCUUCAUGACAACGGGUGUUGUUAUUGUUUCAGUGUGCACUGUGUGUGUGGUGGUGAACUGGUCAAAACUGAAAACCAAGUUGGAACAGCUCAGAUGUUUCCAGGUCUUUAAUGUUGGCUAAAAAGCCUUCUCCCUUUGGGUUCACUCACACAAUCAUAUCAUGUAAUUGGGACUGUGUUUUACCAAAUAAAAGUAAAUGUUUAGUUCCAAAUUCUAUUUAUUAAACUUGUGAAGAAGCCCCUACAGAGAGCAGUUUGAAGACAGUGAGUGUAAUGUAAUGUGUUGUGCAAUAAACCUAGAGAUUCAU